CAGGUCCUCACGGCGUGUCCGGCCAGCGCCCUCUCUUCCAUGUCUCCCGUCCUGCUGAUCCUUCCCGUAAUCUCUGAUCCCAGAUAGCCCCCUGUGACCCCGGAUCUUAGUGAGAUCGCGGGCCUCCUUACUCCGUCCACGUCCCUGGGACUCCGGAUUUGGGCCAGCUGCCCACCCUCCAGAUUGUCCGCCAUGGCUCCAAGGCUGUUACCCGCCACCGUCGAGUGAUGCACUUUGAGAGGCAAAAGCUAAUGGCUGUGACUGAAUAUAUCCCUCCCAAACCUGCCGUCAACCCAAGAUGCCUGCCACCACCUCCCAGACCUCCCAAAGAGGAGACAGGCCUUAUCCGGCUCCUCCGUCGGGAGAUAGAAGCGGUCUUCCAGAACAACCGAAUGAUCGCAGUCUGCCAGAACGUGGCUAUGAGUGCAGAGGACAAGCUUCUUAUGCGACAUCGGCUGCGGAAACACAAGAUCUUGAUGAAGGUCUUUCCCAACCAGGUCCUGAAGCCCUUCCUAGAGAAGUCCAAGUACCAAAACCUGUUGCCGCUUUUUGUGGGGCACAACCUGCUGCUGGUCAGUGAAGAACCCAAGGUCAGGGAGAUGGUGCGGUUCUUAAAGGGCAUGCCUUUCCUGCCACUUUUAGGUGGCUGCAUCGAUGACACCAUCCUCAGCCGGCAGGGUUUCAUCAACUACUCCAAGCUUCCCAGCCUGGCCCUGGUGCAGGGCGAGCUGGUAGGAGGGCUUUCCUUCCUCAUGGCCCAGACCCACUUCUUGCUGCAGCACCAGCCCCUCCAGCUGACUGCCCUGUUGGAUCAGUACGUCAGACAGCAAUGCCCGGGGGACUCUGCUGCGUCAGCCAGUGGGAAGCUGGAUCCUCCUGACCCUGUUCCAGACUCAUAGCCAGCCUGCCCAUAAAUACACUCCGCCCCUUGGUCACGCUGUCCUCCAUCAGAGAUGGGGAGGAACUUGGGCUUGGGGGUGGCACUGAUUACUUGGCCUCCACUGACAACAGCCUCCCCAGGUGCAGGCCCGCUCGGAGGCACAGAGAGAUUCUGCUUCAGAAUGGAGGCUGGUAACCACCAAGUUGGUAGUUUUCCCAGUCGGCCCUGAUAGGAGCAAAGACUUUCCCCUCUCAGGUCCAAGGCAGAGGAACCAGAAAGAUGAGGACAUCGCUCUCUCUGGUCACUGUCCUGGCUGUCCCCUCGUGUGUAAUCUGCCACAGCAGCUUAGCUGAGUCAGUGUGCUAAGAAUGGCACCUGUCGAGCACCUGCUGUGUGCCAGGCUCCCGACUAAGCACGGUACGUGUCUUAGUCCUUUAUUCCUCACCGUGUUUUCCCUGCUACACAGAAGAAAACGAGACAGAGACAUUAAAUAGCUUGCACGAGAUCAUGCAGUUAGUCAGUGGCAGAACAGGGACUUGAGCCAGGCUCUCUGCACUGUCUACACUGGAGCUUCCUCAUUAGGUUACCAAGAGGUGGGUUCUCUGCCCUUGGUGUUGUGGAGAGGUAUGGUAACAAUGGCCGUAUGGUAAGAACCAAGUGCAUUUUACUGACUCGUUUUGCUGUUUACAGUUACUCUCCCUGCAGAUUCAUUCCCAGGGUCAUCUCUGUCCUUGCUGCCUCUCCUCACUUCCUCUCUAGAAAAUUUUUCCUCUUCCCUUGUACCUAGUUCCACAAAGGCCUCUCUUACAUACCUGUCCUUUUGAAGGUAGGUGACUGGUGCCCAGUGGCCACCGUGUCUCUGUUGGUUCUGAGCAAGGGCUGGAAGGAAAUCGGGGUUCUCUGAUAAUCAAGGCCUCUAGAAUAGGAGGCCUGGUCCGAGUUUGGGAGAAACAGGGUUUCCUAAUAAAGCAGAUAGGAUGCUUCACUUGAAGCCUGCCUUUGUCCUUGAUUGGAGUACGUAUCCACAUUCUGGGUGGGUACGGGGUGGUACAUAUGGGGAGGGCAGUUGAGCAUUCCUUCCUGGGCGUGGAGCAGUGGCACGGUGCCUUUACCCUGCACAGGCAGCGCCUGGCAGUGAUCUGCAGCAGCUUUGUGGCCUGGGUCCAGAAUAGCUUCCCAUGGUACCUCACUCAUGCCAUAUGCCAGGGAUGCUCAAUCACUGCGAGGUGAAUUAAAAGGCCCUAGGGGCUCCUCAAUGCCAGUGUCUGCCAACCAGUGCCGCCUAGAGGCCCCAUUUUGUUCCAGAGCCUGCCAGCUACUAACCUCUGUCCUGGGGCAGCUGGGGUAGUGCAGAAGGGGACUGGGGCCCCUGAGGUGUGUAAGACCCUAGAGUGGAAGCAGGCUGGGUGGAGAUGAGUUGGGAAUGAGGCAUGUGGCCUACAUUUUGGGGACCAAAGAAGAGCCUCAUAUUCCAUCCUUCACCUGGUGAUAAUGGCUGGUGCCCUCACAAAAACCCACAUCUUCCUGACAACUGUUUCAUUGCACGUAAAUAAAGGUGUUGGUCUCGGUCAUA